AUGAGAAACGAGGCCAUUGUGGCUGGUCUUCACCUACACUCUACUGACAUUACAUGGAAACUAGAAGAUCUGCAGAAACAGACAAUUGAAUCGCUCACCUGGGGUUGGUGGCCAUUGGAGGCCCCAUCUUGGACGGGGUCGAAAUAUUGUUCCAGGGCAGAAGGUGCAUGCAUCAGUCCUGUUUAA